CCAAACCGCUGUGUGCGCACACCUCUGCGAGGUUCACUCUCACCGGUUGCCUCGAGUCCCAGCGCCCGUAGCAACCAAGGGUGACGGAAAGCGGAAGUGCGCUCUAGUCCCGCCCUCCCCGUUUACCCAGGUCCGGUGAGGAAGCUUGUCAGCCCAAUCAUCGCGGCGAGAAUAUCGAUCAGCCAAUAGAAGGGAGGUACGAGAAGGCGGGCUAAAAAGGUCGCGUGCGCACGCGCAGACGGCUGCAGGGUCCUUGGUGCUGUGGCGGUGUGGUUGAUUAGGGUGCUGCUUUUAGUCUUGUGGCUUUUGGAAACCCCGCGUAGACACUGCCGUUUCCUCCUGUCCUCACCAUGUUUCUCACUCGGUCCGAGUACGACAGGGGUGUGAAUACUUUUUCUCCUGAAGGAAGAUUAUUUCAAGUGGAAUAUGCCAUUGAGGCCAUCAAGCUUGGUUCUACAGCCAUUGGCAUUCAGACUUCAGAGGGCGUAUGUCUAGCUGUGGAGAAGAGAAUCACCUCCCCGCUAAUGGAGCCUAGCAGCAUUGAGAAGAUUGUAGAGAUCGAUGCUCAUAUAGGUUGUGCCAUGAGUGGGCUAAUUGCUGAUGCUAAAACUUUAAUUGAUAAAGCCAGAGUGGAGACACAGAACCACUGGUUCACCUAUAAUGAGACAAUGACAGUUGAGAGUGUGACCCAGGCCGUGUCCAAUCUGGCUUUGCAGUUUGGAGAAGAAGAUGCAGACCCAGGUGCCAUGUCUCGUCCCUUUGGAGUAGCAUUGUUGUUUGGAGGAGUUGAUGAGAAAGGACCCCAGCUGUUUCACAUGGACCCAUCUGGGACCUUUGUACAGUGUGAUGCUCGAGCAAUUGGCUCUGCUUCAGAGGGUGCCCAGAGCUCCUUGCAAGAAGUUUACCACAAGUCUAUGACCCUGAAGGAGGCCAUCAAGUCUUCACUCAUCAUCCUCAAGCAAGUCAUGGAGGAGAAGCUGAACGCAACUAACAUUGAGCUAGCCACGGUGCAGCCUGGUCAGAAUUUCCACAUGUUCACAAAGGAAGAACUGGAGGAGGUGAUCAAGGACAUUUAAGGAGGGGCCAUCCUCGAACUUCUGUGGGGCAGUUUCAGCUCUAAUUGCCCGUAGACUUUAUUCCCAGCUCUUAAGUCAUGGAAAAUAUCCAGUAUAUGUAUGUGUGUUUUUUUAUGAUGUCUGUACAUAACAGCAAUUCUGAAAUAAAAAAAUUUAAAAAUA